AGUGAACAGGUACAGUGUGCUGACAGCCUCCCUUGGUCUUGCAGCAUGGCCCAAGACGAAGAGGACAAGCCAGGCUCUAAGUGCUUUGCGGUGCGCUCGCUGGGCUGGGUGGAGAUGAGCGAAGAAGAGCUGGCCCCAGGGAAGAGCAGCAUUGCCGUGAACAACUGUAUCCGCCAGCUGUCCCUGCACCAGCACGGCCCGCCGGGCACCUGGGGAGAGGGCCGGGCCAUGCUCCUGCUCCUGGAGAGCCAGACGCUGAAGCUGGUGGAUCCGCAGGACCAGGCCCUCCUGCACGCGCAGGAGCUGCCGGGGCCGCGUGGCGCCUAG